GUUCCUAGGAUACCGUGGGCUAGCUUGUAUAUCCGCGAGUGCUUUGCCUCGGACAGCGAAAUUCACGUGCGUUCUGAUCUUCAAAUAAGCCAUGGGAAGUGGAAUUUCGAUUCAGAGACAUUUCCAGAUUUGGCCCGCGCCAUCAAAGUCGUAGAUCAGGGCCGGGAUGUUAGCUUCAACCAUUUGCUCGUCAAAAUGGAUGGUCCUUACACAGAAGCCUCGGACAUUUCUCAGUGGAGCAAGUCCCGUGCCGGAUUUGUUGAUGGUACAGCAUGGAAGGACACGAUCGAUCUUAUCAAGCAGUGGAUCCUGGCUUGCGACACCGGCCAUAGGCAGUGCAAUGACCGUGCGAUGGACACGAGCUGGUUUCCUACCCGGGUCCUCGAUCUCGCUCCCCCAGAGCUCGCCAAGUCUGAUGAAACAGCGGUCAAGGUCAUCAAAAGAGAACAAGCUGUGCCUGGGGAACGCUACGUCACCUUGAGCCACCGCUGGAACCCACACACCCCCAAGCUGACCUCCUCAAACCUCGAGGCCCGGUUUCAUAAGAUACCCUUUGAGGAUUUGACCAAGACAUUCCGUGACUUCAUAACCGUAUCUCGGCUCCUGGGCGUUCGAUAUGCUUGGAUUGACUCGCUUUGUAUCAUCCAGGAGAGUGAACACGGUGGCUCCGACUGGAAGCAAGAGUGCCUGACGAUGGAUCAAGUAUACAGAAACUCGUUUUGCAACCUCUCGGCAGACUGGGCCACCGAUUCAGAUGGCUUUUUCCUCGACCGAAAAGUGCGACAGUUUGAUCUUCCUACUGUCAAUGUUGAAUUUCGAACCACCGAAGACAGCGAAGACAGCGAAGACAACGAAUACAGUGAAUACAUCAGGGAACAAGAGUUUGAAUAUCUCGUGGUCGACAAUGGCACCUGGCAAUGCGAGGUAACCAACUCGCCAAUCAAUUCUCGAGGUUGGGUUCUCCAGGAACGCUUCUUGUCACCACGCGUACUUCAUUUCUGCCGAAAUGAAGUCAUUUUCGAAUGCUGCGAGGGGUCAAAAUCGGAGCGGUUUCGACGAUCCAUACCGGCAAUUGAUAAGGUUGCUUUCGAGCCCUUCAAGAACUUUGUCGAGAAAUUUGCUGGCACAUAUGAUACUGCGGCUUGUUACCGGGUGUGGAGCAGAGUCCCAGGGAUCUACACCAGGUGCGCGCUCACUGUGGCUUCGGACAAGUUGGUUGCCAUCUCGGGCAUUGCGCGCUAUCUCAAGACCUUCCUGGCAGAUGAUGUCUACGUCAUGGGUGUUUGGGCUUCAAUCAUCUCCACUCAGAUGCUUUGGUCGUGUGAUGAGAACACGAUUAGAACCCGUCCCGUCAACCACCAAAUCCUAGGUGAACAAGAACCCCUUUCCAUGCCAGCCGUCCAAACAGUCUCGACACCUCUUCGCCAGUGCAAAGGACCGACCUUUUCCUGGGUAUCAACAGACCGGCCCGUUUCCUUCCCAAUUCCCUACCCCGAGGCUUACAUUACAUGGAAACCGGUUUGCGAGUGUCCAAGAUUAGUUAAGUACCGAGAGGGACAGGUCCCAUUUGAUGAACCCAUCACCGAGGACAUAUUCGAUUAUCCCAGUGAACCAAGGGUAGAGCUCAAGGUAGCUGGUCUUCUUUGUCGCGUGAGGCUGAUAGAUACUGGAAGGAUGUACUUGCGUGCCGUCUUCGUCGAUGAGAAUGACGGUAGACCUGGGCAUUACGAAUCCUCACGGCAUCGUACAGCCGACGGAAGCAAAGUAUUUCUGGAUUUCGAUGUUGAUCCUUCAGGAAUCCCUAACAUUGAUUCACGAGUCUACUUCUGUAUGCUCUGGGCCGAUACUGAUAUCGUCAGUAAGAUUAUGAGACCAAGGGUCUCUAUUAUUCUCGAGUUAGUCGAUUCGGAAAUGGGUCGCUUUCAUAGGAUUGGCACAAUGACUCACUUCUGGUCGGCUCUACAGCCCGUGGUGAACUUUUCUGGCUGGAAUUACGACCCAGAGACGCGGCUUCACACCAUCUAUAUCAUUUGA